UUUGGAAGUACAGGUAGAUAUAAAUAUUCAAAUGUACAUGACAGCGUUAGUGUCUGGAAUGGUACACCUUACCUUCGCGUGUUUUAUUGGAAUUUUUAACUGAAGAUUUAUUUUAUAAGACGACACUGCAGAAAGAAAAAACAAGCCGAACAAUCAUGAACAAAAAAGUCUUGUUGUUAGCACCAUGCGUGCUCUUUGGACUGACCAUUAUUGCUUCAUACUUUUCCACGAGACGGAACAUACAGUUUAUUCCGGCGCAAUACACCGGAUCCGGCGUUUCGUUGGAAGAAAUCAUGGACAAGUUAAACGAUAUUAAACGCACAAUCACCAAUCAUCAGUCUUACGUCGAUUACAAGGCGUACCGAGAGAAACUGAAUUCUCUUUUACCAAAAAUUGUGAAGGGCGAUGCGAGCAAAUUAAAUUCGCACUUAUUGUUAGAUUUUAUCGAAAAAACCGGCGAACAAUACCGGGUAAUCAUACUCGUGUCGUCGAACGCUCCACACGAUUGGCGGAGAAAUGCAAUCCGUGCCAAGUGGGGUAACGCAUCAAUGUGGGCGACCACUAAGAAGUGGCGGGUAAUAUUCGUCACGGGUGGAACCGAGGACAAAAAAAUAGCAGAAAAACUUCACAACGAAGCGAUGAUUUACAAAGAUUUAAUUAUGGAAGAUGUAGUCGAAAGUUUUUAUAAGCUCUCCAUGAAAGUUAUGAUCGGUUUACAAUGGACGCAUACUAACUUUAACUACGACUUCAUACUAAAAUGCGACGAUGAUAUUUUCAUUCAAAUCGAUCGAUUAAUGGUCUCUUUAGAUCGCAACAACGACAAGGGAUACUUCGGGCAAGUCAUGGGCAAACAACCCGUCAUGAGAAAAGGCCGAUACGGGCUAACUGCAGAGGAACAUGCGAACGAUUACUUCGAUCCUUAUUGCUCGGGCGGUGCCUUUUUAAUAUCAUACGGUACAGUGAAUAAAAUAAUUCCUUAUUUCGAUUGGGAAAAGCCACUAAAAAUAGACGAUGCUUAUAUAGGGCACCUUGUACACAAGGCAGGUGUACCAGCCGAUCGCGAGAAGGGCUUCCACAUGUGGAACCGAUGGUGCGAGUAUACAGACGAUCUUAUUAUUUCACACCCAGUAAAAAAACAAGACUGUAUGCAGUUUCUAGUAAACAGAGCUAUGAUUGAUAACAAUAAAUUAAAAAACGAAACCCUACGUACACAAAGGUACGCGUACACUGAAGAAGAGCGAAAACAUCUAUAACAUAAGCAUCGUAGGAUAGGUUUUAAAUAUCAUAGACCAUGUUUCCACUAACGGAUGGUUUCGUACCGAAUCAAUUUACGGAUAGGCCUCUGUUUCUAUUGGGACGAAUUGUGCCGAAUCAAUAUACGUAUCGGAUAGCUACUGGACCGGGCUGCUUUCAAAAGUGAUACGUCUCGUAUCGGAUAGCUUCUUUCGUAUUCUGUACAUUUCAUAUUAUUAAGUGAUUGACGUUAUGUUUCAAAAGGCUAUUAAUUCGGCAUGGUUCGUAUGUGCUUCGAUUGUACCGGAUCAUAAAUUGAUCACACAGAAAUUUUAUAUCAAAAACCAAAAAACAUUUUGUAAUUAGCAAUGCCCUCAGCUUCUAUGUUAUCGCUGGGCAUGUCAUUUUUUUUCAUUAAGAGAUAUACUAAGUUUAACCUGGGAUGGUUUUCUAGAUUUUGCGAAAAGUUUUAUGUUAUAUGCUUUUCAGAAAGAGUCUCGUCAAUCUAAAAGUUUGCUUUUUUUAAAAAAAUUUUUCAAUAAUUUAUCAGUUAGCAGUGCUUAGAGAUAAACUUCGUGCUUUUUAAAAUUAUUUUUAUUAAAAAAUUUUAAUAUAAAAAAGGUACGUUUUCCAACAUGUACCUCGUUUACCCUUUUCUUUUGUUUCUUUUAACUCCGCAGACAGAGAAACCGGUGCAAAAAAGGGAUUUAUUCAUAAUAAUAUGUUAAUGUAUUGGAAAUUAGUUUAAUAACAAGAAUAAUAAUUUCAUUAAAUAA